UCCACCAUAACAUGUUCUGCAACACAGGGCGGUACUGAUACAGUAGUAGUAGAAGUUCCAUCCAAUGAACAAACUACCGUGACGUCCACAUGGCUAGGAAAUAAGACUUCGACAAUAACAUAUUCUGCCACACAGGGUGGCACUGAUACAGUAGUCGUAGAGGUUCCAUCUAAUCUGAAAACUACUGUGACUUCAGCUUGGUCAGGAAAUGCGACUUCAACACUAACCAACUCAGCUGUUCAAGGUGGUACUGACACAGUAGCAUACAAUGAACAAACCACUGUGACUUCCACAUGGUUAGAAUAUACGACUUCGACAAUAACAAAUUCUGCAACACAUAGUGGCACUAAUACGGUAGUCGUAGAGGAUCCAAACAGCGAAAUAAAUUUGAGAAGUAGCAGAGUAGAGGGCUCAAGCUUUCCAACAAUCUCUAGCUCCUACCUAGCUAAUGGUACUGAUAAUCUUACCAAGCAAGUACCAAUUAGUUCUCAAAAGAGUAUUACAAUUCAAAGUAUAAGUGUGCUUUCAGAUUCUAGUUACUAUAAGACCGAUUCUGUACAUCUGUCCAUUUCUCAAUCUUUUGUUUCUUCUACAACAAAUGAAAGUGAUAUUCCCUUAAAGUCAUGUAAUGAUUCGCAAACUGUUACCAUUAGCUCUUUGAAAGAAUCAAUAAGUCUGCAAUUUAUCUAUUCCACUACAUUGGACGCAACGAGUAUUCAAAUAUUGACAUAUAUUGAUUCAAAGGAUAUAUCCAGCACUACUAUAAGUCAGGAACCAUGGAACUCGCAGUCAACUUCAUUUACACUAAAUGCAACGGAUACAUGCAAGAGAGUGACAUAUAGUUCAUGGAAUAGCAUGAGCAGUGCCAUAAUCGAGAUACCACUGAAGGUGAUCAGUAUGUGGAAUUUAACAGGAUCCAGCUCACUAUCUGUAUUCGAUUCUGUUGUAACUAGUACUGAAUUGACUUCAUCUAAUUCUGAAAGCAUGUCGAAUGAGAUUAAAUACAACUUUUCAAAAGUCACCAGUACAGUCAUGAGAAACUUUACAGUUAUCAGUACUGAAUUAUCGUCAAAUCAGCGAAGUACACUACAUGAUGUAAGCUCUUACUCUCUAUAUGACAUUAGUACUGAUUUCGUAUCUCUUCUCAAUGAACGAUCUUCUGUUACCUGUACUUCCAUUGGCGGGACAACUACACAACCAAAUAUAAAUUUCAGUAGUGCUACCAGCACGAGACUUCUGUCGAGUGUACAUAUCUCAUCAUUACCAACUAAUGUUCGAAGACUGAAUGAAACCGCUACUUAUUCAAAUUCACUAACUGAAGAAGUCAGUUCGACUUCAAGUAGCGAGUUUUAUAUAGAAGUAAUGUCUUCCGCGAUAACAUUCGUUAUUGAGGAGACUUCGAAAACUGGCUACUUUAACUCAACAUCAAACCAGUUAACGGAAAUUAAUGAGAAACAGAGUACGGUCACUUCAAUGAUGCUGGUCUCAUCAAGUUUCAGGACCACUACAGUUGAGUCAUUGCAAACAUCUUCUUUCCAGUCGAAAUCAAAAUCAUGUGCCAAGAGUGGAAAUCUAGUUGCCAAAGACACUCAGUCAAGCUCUAACGAAACUGGUGGCGCCCUCUCUUUUGCAUUCGCUAAAACAAGCUUAGGAAAUCUGUCGAAGUAUCAGAUAUCCAGACCAUCAAAUUUUGCUCCCUCUACCACUUACAGUACUAACAAUAUUCAUAAGACAUCUGAAUAUCUGACUAAUACAAAUUCUUCAGUGCCUGAUAUCAACUUGACCCUUCUGAGCUCAUUAAUACUUAGCGCAACCCUUAAUAAAGCAAUAUCUGUUGUCCUGUCAUCAGUUGUUAUAAUUGAUCGUUCAAUUUCGAAAUCAAUUUCUAGAGUUGGUAGCAGCAACGCCAACGACAUAGUUCAAUCAAAACCUUCAGGUUUUACGACUUUCAUGACUUUCAGUCCGCCUUCUACAAUAAUUAAUUCGCUCAAAUUUUCUCCUAGUUCAGGUUCGACAUACAUUUCCAAAAUUCGAAGCAGUACCCAAAUUACUGAUCUUUUAAAAUCUUCCACAAUAAGUAGCAGUCGAAAUGGGAGUUUCUCAAUAACCUUAGAUGCCUCACAUGGUACCUUAAACUUACUAGUGUCGACAACCAGGACCCAAGUUACACCUAGAGCCAUUUUGCAAACAGACUACCUCAAAAAAAGUUCCACCAUGUCAAAAUAUAAAAGUCUAUCGGUUUCCAAUCCGACAACAAUUAUACCCAACUCACUCAUGGCAACAGAAGAAAGACCCUAUGACUCUGUAACUGCAUCACCAGCUUACAGUAUUACAUUUUCAUUAACUAGUUUUGGUUCUCAAUCAUCUAAGUUUGACCAAAUUUCUAAUCUGACGAGUUGUAAAACGCCCUGCCCACUAUUCACAUCGUUGGAAACUUCGAAUUCAAGUAUCAAACCCAACACUCAAUCCUCUGUGAGUGAUAAUGCCGUUAGCAACCUUACAAAUCCAAUUUUCGUUUUCAUUGUUAUUGGUAUUUUGCAACUAUUAUCAAUUUAA